CACACCCCGGUGUUUGCCUAAGUCCAAGCCAAUAAAUGAGGAGGAUCGCGGCUGCGCUCUGGUUGGUUCCAAGUUUCUUUGCUCCUGCCGCCUCUCACUUCGUCGGCGCUCCUGGUUCGCCGCCUAACUGCCCCUCUCGUGACUCUGUCAUUGCUGGGCUUCCUCAAGCCGCGGCCUGUGAGGGCUGCCACCCCAAACGCCCUGCGCAGGCGAGCCGGGCCGGAACAUGGCUGCGUCAGGUCUGGAUCACCUCAAAAGUGGCUACAGAAGAAGAUUUUGCCGAUGCCCUGGGGUACCUGACAUUAAUGUGAGGCAAGGCCAAAACAUACUGGUAAUCUUAGAAGACUGUUUUGAAGAAAAAAGUCUUGCCAAUGAUUUUAGCACAAAUACUCCAGAAUCAGUGCUUUGUUCAACACCUAAAAUAAAAGAUACUUGUCUUAGGUCACCAAGCAGAGAGGCCCGGUGCCAGAAAUCCCAUCCAGAGUCAGUUCCAGUUUCUUCAAGAAAGGAAGGAGCCUCUCUGCAGUUCACUAUAGAACCAAGUGAAGCUGUGAAGGAAUCAGUUCAGGCCCCUGAAGUUCAUCGGAAAAUUUUGGCAACUGAUGUUUGUUCUAAAAAUACACCUGACUCAAGAAAAACGUCAAGUAAAAAACUGUUAAUAAAAGAUCAUCACAAUGAAGCUGAUGAGGAAUUUUAUUUAUCUGUUGGCUCACCUUCUGUUUUAUUGGAUGCAAAAACAUCUGUAUCACAAAAUGCUAUUUCAUCUAUUGCCCGAAAGGUAGAGACCUACACUUUUGAAAAUUCAGUAAAAACACUGUCUUCAAAUACGGAGAUUUCUCUAAAAACCAAAAAAAGGUUAAACUUUGAAGAUAAAGAUAUUUUGGAGAAAGUAGAAAUAGAGAAUAAAGUAUCAGAUGUAGAGGAUGAAAUAUCAGAAAGACCACAAGAAAGGAAACCAUCGGGAACAUCUCAGAAAAUAAUACAAGAGUCAGAAUAUGGAAUUCAGCCACAAGCUAAAAAGAGUUUUUCAACAUUGUUUUUAGAAACUUUAAAAAGAAAAAGUGGAUCCAGUCCUGUUGUUAGGCAUAUAACUACUGCUCCACCUCAUUCAUCUCCUGCAAAUGAUACGAAGUUGUUAGAGGAUGAAUUUAUAAUUGAUGAAUCAGACAGAAGUUUUGCCAGUCGAUCUUGGAUUACGAUACCAAGAAAGGCUGUGCCUCAGAAACAAUGCACAGUAUCCCCUACUGAGAGCACUGCUCUCCGUCAAAGUAAGAAGUCAAGAGAAAAACAUCACAAUACAUCACCUACAACUUUGACAAGUGACAAACAUUCCAGCAACGCUCACCCAGUAGAGAAAUCUCAGCUUUCUGAACAAAAAAACUUGAGUGGGAAUUGUGCUUUGACGGAUGAAAUGGAAAAUAAUUCUAGAUCUACAAAAUAUGAAGUGUAUUCUAAGAAUUCAGAAAAAUCAUCUGGAAACAAAAGGACUAUAAAAGAAAAACAGAAAAGAAAAUCCCAGGCCAAUGUAGUUGAAGAACAGAUUCAUAUGGAACAGUCUGAAGAUAAUAUAGAUGUGUCACAUAUUGCCCAAGACAAGUCACAAAGAGAUUUAGACAGAAAUAUGCAAGAGUGCGAAGAGAUGAAAAAUGUUCACACUUCCAAAAAACAGAUGCCACCUGUAGGAAGAAAGAAAAGGAACACCAAUGUUCGUCAUACAGAAAAUUGGAAGAAAAAUAGGGAAUGUGAAAAGAAGGAUUUUUCAGGUGGAUCCAAGAAGAACGAACUUGUACCUGAAGAAGUGACUUCAACUGUCCUGAGAAGUCGAAGAAUUUCCAGACGUCCAUCUAAUUGGUGGGUGGUAAAAUCAGAACAGAGUCUUGCUUAUAAUAGCAAUUCUUCAAUAACAGAAGAAUUGUCAGGGUAUCACAACAGUAGACGAAAACCUGCUGAAAAAAGAAAUCAAUCAUCUAAGAAUAUUGGGGAAAAAUCUGUUCCAUUUAAAGGGCAGAAGAGAACUAAUCCAGGCUGCUCAAGAGCACAGAAGACUGUAAAUGCAAAAGAUACUAGAGAAAUUAUUGAUGAUGAUGGAAUUUCUGGUUCUUCCCAGAAUGAGUCAUUGGAAAGUGAGGAGAAAGACAUGACUAAGAAGAAAAGCCUUAAUCAUUCUGGAGUUACAGAAAGCCCGAAAGAUGAGAAUAUUGUGACUGCACAAAAUGUUCAUCUAAAGCCUCAGGCCAGGGGAUAUCCAUGCAAGACACCAGAGGAGUCUGAUUCGGAUUCUGGAGAGCCUAAGACUUUAGUUUUGGAAGGAAGUGGACCUUUUAGGCUCGAGAAUUAUUUAAUGUCUGAAAAGAAUAAUUCUGAUGUAGAUGAUGAGGAAAUUCAGCAAAGUUCAGAUGACUCACGAGUAACAAGAUCUAAAAUAACACGAGAGGACAAAGUACAUCACAAAUUAGUAUUGCCCUCCAACACACCAAAUGUGCGCAGGACCAAGAGAAUACGAUUGAAACCUUUGGAAUACUGGCGAGGGGAGCGAGUAGAUUAUCAAGGAAGGCCAUCAGGAGGAUUUGUGAUUGGUGGAAUACUGUCCCCAGACUCAAUACCAUCUAAAAGGAAGGCAAAAGGAGAAAUGAAAAAAAUCAACAAAAUAGUUAAUAGGAAAAGGAUCUGUCUUGAUAACGAUGAAAGAAAGAAUAAAUUAGUGGUAAAUCUGAAUAUACCUCUGGGAGAUCCUUUGCAGCCAACGAGAGUUAAGGACCCAGAAACAAGAAAAAUGGUUCUCAUGGAUCUUUUAAGGCCACGAGAUACAUAUCAAUUUUCGAUUGAGCAUGGUGAGUUGAAAGUAUAUAAAACAUUGGAUACACCCCUUUUUUCUACUGGGAAAUUGGUAUUAGGGCCACAUCAAGAAAAGGGAAAGCAGCAUGUUGGCCUAGAUACAUUGGUUUUUUAUGUUAACUUUGGUGACCUUUUAUGUACCUUACAUGAAACAUCUUAUAUAGUAACAACUGGGGAUUCAUUCUAUGUUCCUUCAGGUAAUUAUUACAACAUCAAAAAUCUCCUGAAUGAGGAAAGUGUUCUUCUUUUUACUCAGAUAAAAAGAUGAAAGAUGAAGCACAGUUUAAAUACGUGUGUGUGUAUAUAUACACACAUUUAUGUAUCUAUAAAUGUAUAUAUAUAUAUAUAUAUAUAUGUGUCGUGUACAUAUACAUAUAUAACAGUUUGUGCAGUUUGGACGUUUAGUUUGUACUUAUUUACUAUGUUUUAAAAUAAAAUUUUAUUCAGUUUUGUGUGUACUUAUAUCCGGUAAACAUUUUAAACUCCUUUAUGUGUCUUCUAAUUUUUCCAUGAAUAUACACGUAGCCUGCCAUGCUGCCCAUAUUCAUAGUAUUUUAAUAACAUGAAAAGAAUACCAAAAUCAUUGCUCCUAGUGAAAUGUAGGGCUUUCCUUGUCAGAAGAGACAUGAUUAAUGUAUCCUUUCAUUUAAAAAUCUUUUCCAAAUGCUAAUUUUAAGUCACUAAUCAAAAUAAUCCAAUAAGAGAGAACUUGUAAAUGGUACGUCUAUAUUAUUUUCUUAGGCCUGUGGUGACAAAAUAGUACAAACUAGGUUGCUUAAAACAACAUAUUUAUUGUCUCAGAGUAUAAGAGGCUAGAAGUCUGAAAUUGAUGUAUUGGAAUUGGUAGGGCCACUCUCUGAAACCUGUCGGUUUCACAAUAAUGCUUCUGCUUAGAGUCUAUUUUACUAUUGAAAGAUCAUUAUACAAUGACUCAAGUUUCUUUUUUAAUGUUACCAUGCACUAAAGAUAUGUAGAAAACUAUAGAGAUUUAGGGCAGAAAAUGGUUAAAGUUCAGAAACAAAUUGCUAGCAUCUAUUCCUGAAUUUAUUUUACGUAUUCUCAUAUUAAUCCAAAAAAUUUUAGUUCCAUUUGUCAGAAUUAUAAUUCAACAGUAUGCUUUAAUUUUUGCUUUUAUUUAAAUAAGAAAAUCAGUGUAGAUAUAUUUCUUUCAUGUGAAACUAGCUAGGAUCUUGUGUAUUGUAUUUCCCAGGGUCUCCAGAAGAAGUUUCAAAGUUUGAUAUAUGAAUAAACAUUUUAUCACUAGAGAAACUGGUAUACUUGCUUUACCAAGUCAAGAGUUAUAUGACUGGCUAUGUUUCCAUGUUUACGUACACUGGCCAAAAUUUGGCCUGCAAUGGAUUGACCUUUUUUCAAGUGAAGCAUUUAUUUUAUUUAUGUAAUUUACAUGUAGUCAAAUGCAUAGAUCUUAAGUACAGUUCAAUGAAUUUUUGAUAAGCGCAUCUUACGCCUAAGUAACCCACAAAAUUUCUGACACUCCAGGAAAUUCCUUCCUAUUCUGUCCAAAUCAGUUCCUGCCAACCCCAUUUUCACCUGUUGGGCCACUAUUCUAUGUAUCACUGUAGGUUGGUUUUACUUGUUCUAGAACUUUAUAUAAAUGGACUCAUAAAAUACACUUUCACUGAGCAAAUGUCUAAGAUUCAUUCACUGGGGUGUGUAUCAAUUGUCAUUUAUGUUUUAUUGCUGAAUGGUAUUCCAUAUGAAUAUACCACUUUUCCUCUUGAUAGAUCUUUGGGAUAUUUCCUGUUUUGAACUAUUAUGAAUAAAACUGAUUCUAUGGAUGUUCUUGUCAAGUUAUCUAAUGGACACAUGUUUUCGUUUCUCUGGGGUUGAUACCUAUGAAUGAAUUGUUAGGUUGCAGUACAUGGGUAUGGUUAAUGUUAUGAGAACUGCCAAAGUGAUUGUAUCAUUUUUACACUCCUGCCAGUAAGUUAUGCAAAUUGCAGUUGUUUCACAAUCUUUGCCAACAGUUGGUAAGUGUAACUUACCAGUCUUUAAUUUUAGCUAUUCCAGUGAGUUUGAAAUGAUCUCUCUUUAGGAAGAUACAAGUUUUAUGUUAUAUUUGCCUUUUAUGUGUUAUGAUCCAUCUCAAAUUAAUUUCUUUUUUAUAGUGUCAGGGGUCAAGGUCAAUUUAUUUUCCCUAUAUGGAUAUCUAGUGGUCUUUGUUGAAAAGUUAUCCAAGUGCUGUAGGUCUUCUAAUUUUGUUCGAGUUUUAAGACAAUUUUGGCUGUUACAGGUUUUUUGCAUUUACAUAUAAAUUUUAAAAUUAGCUUCUCAAUAUUUACAAUAAAGCCAGCUGGGAUUUCUUUGGGAUUGCAUUGCAUUUUUAGAUCAAUUUGGGAAGAAUUAUCAUAUCUGAACCAAUAUUAUAUACUCUUCAAUGAAUGUUGUAUCUCUCCAUUUAUUUGUAUCUUCAUUUCUCUUGAUCUUAGUUUACAGUUUUAAAAUAGAGGUGUUGCUCAUCUGUUGUUAAAUUUAUUGCUAGACAUUGCAGUGUUUUUGAUGCUAUGGUAAAUUAUAUUGCUUCUCUAAUUCCAUUUUUCAAGUUUUUGUUGGUAAUAUAUAGAAGUACAUUUGAUUUUUAUAUACAGUCAUGUGCCACAUAAUGACAUUUUUGUUAACGACAAACCAUAUAUGGUGGUCCCAUAAGAUUAUAAUGGAAUUGAAAAUUUCCUGUCAGCUAGUGAUGACAUAGCUUCUUAACGUCCUAAUGCAAUGCAUUCCUCACAUGUUUGUGGUAAUGUUGGUGUAAACCUGUGCUGCUAGUCAUAUAAAAGUGUAACAUACAAUUAUGUAUAGUUGAUGGUAAUGAUAAUAAAUAUGUAACUGGUUUCUGUGUUUUAUUAUAGUUUUUAUUAUUUUAGAUUUUGUUUUUUCUACUUAAAAAGUUUGCUAUAAAACAGUAUGACAUGUUACGGAAGCCUCAUCUCCUGUUUACAUCUCUUGAUUGCAUCAUUUCCUUUUGUGAUUGUUUUAAUCUUGUAUUGUUUUGUACAGUGACGUGCUGUACAGGCUUUUUGCUAGGAAUAAUAGACUAUACCGUAUUGCGUAGGUGUGUAGUAGGCUCUACCAUCUAGGUUUGUGAAGUACAUCUGUGAUGUAUGCACAAUGAUGACAUCACCUAACGACAUAUUUCUCAGAAUGUAUC